UCUGAAUCAAUGAAACAAUUUGGGAAAAAAGUUCACCUUGCUUACGAUAUAAUCUUAUUUGUCUUUAUAUUUAUAACCACGUUCAUCGUAUAAACGAAUUAAAAAUUAAACAACAAUCUUUAUUCAGGUCAAGUUCUAACACUAUUAAUUUAGUUUCGCAUUCGCAACAAUUAUUAUCAUUAACGAUUUUACAGUUUUCACUAAUUUUCAUUUUCUGUUCCUCGUUUACAAUACUACAAUCAACAAGAUCACAAAUUCGAAGCUUAUUAUCAUUAUUAUUAUUAAUAUGUUUGUAUUCAAAUGUGAAAAGGUUUGCUUAUUAAUUAUUAUUUAAAUUUACGCCAGUUUAGUGUAACUGUGAUUAACUUUUAAUUCGGAUCAAUUAUUGAGGAUUAACGGUAAAUGUGAAUUGUUAUAUGUUUUACAAAUGUGCUUGAAUCUUCAAUGUAAUUCAUCAAUGAUUAGCUACUUUAAUUCAACGACAAUUACCUUUGAAUUUGUGGUUAAAUAUCUGGUCGAAUUACUUUCCUGGAUUAAUUUAAGUGACACCGAAUUAGAGGAAAUAGUUAAACAUGCAAUUAGCAAAAACGAUUUAGAUCAACUUGUAUCAACAUUAUGGAAAGUUGGACCCAAAAGAAGAUCUCAGAUAACUUCACUAAUCCUUCAAGCAUGUGGAUCACUUAAUCGAACCGAAAUGAUUAAUUAUCUUCUUGAUCAACAAUUAAUUAAUCCUCAUAUAUGGAAAGAUCGAUAUGAAUGGUCACCAUUACAUAAGGCUGUUUAUAAACGCGAUCUCCAAUUAGUUAAACUGCUAAUCUCUCGAGGUGUUGAUAUUUAUUGUCGAGAGAUUAACGGUAAUACACCUCUUCAUAUCGCCAUUCAAAGUGUCCGUAAUCCUCCGAGUGGACUUAAUGAUGACCAUUCAAAGAACCAAUUAAUUGAGAUAAUUACCCUUUUAUUGGAAACUGAUAACAAUUUAAAGCAACAAUCAACUGGUCCAGAUGAGCGUUUGGUUAAUUUGAACAACAAUUUCGGUAAAUCAGCUUUACAUUAUUGUGUUGAUUUGGAUCCAUCGCCGUUAACAAUUCAAUUGAUCUACAUGCUAAUCAAUGGCGGAGCAAAUGUUGACCUUAUCGAUUCCAAAGGACGAACUCCUUUUUUUCACCUUGCUACUGAACAUAAACGAUCACUGGUUCGAUCUGAUAAUUUACCGUUAUCUCCAUUCAUCGCUAUACUUACAGAUUCUCAUUGUGAUCAACUUAAUUAUAACCAAAUUAACGGUAAAAUGUCCUCAUUGAAAAAUCUUUGUCGUCAAUUGAUUCAAAAUCAUUUCCAAUCAAAUAAUUUCAAUUGUUUAAAAGGUUUACUACCAAAUGAAUUAAUCAAUUAUCUUAAUCGAUUACUGGUUAAAUAAUAAUUCUUGAUGAAGAAAAAAAAACAAUCACAAUAAAGACAAUCAAUCAAAUCCACCGAAUCAAUUUCUAUUGUUAAUUGUUAUUAAUAUUAUCAAGCUAAAGAAAAAUAAACAAUUUAAUUCAUGAUAAGAUUUAACCAUAAAUAAUUAAGAUUUAAUGAGAAUUGUAAAAUCAGUUAAUCAAUCAUUGUUUCUAGCUCAUAGUUAAUUGUUAGUUAAUUGUCUGAAAGACUUGGGUGAAA